AUGCAGUACAGCGUCUCCGCUCCUGCGGCAGCCGUCGCCUCGUCAUCAACGUCCCAGCCACUACCUCGCAAAGCUGUGAUGCUCAAGGGCCCUUCUCUCACAUCCAAGACCUUCUUCAUCCCGUUGCCAAGCACUCUUGAUCAACUCGUCUCCAAAGCCGUCCAGCUCUUUCCCGUCCCUCCAGGUAAGGUACCUCACAUCACGCUCGGAGCGGAUGAGCGAGCCAUCGUCCUGGAAGAGUCGUACGAUUUCAUCCGCGAUCGCGAGCUGUUGCACUUCCGUUGGUCUGCCGAAACGCCUCGUCGCAACCUUGCCAACCGCGUUCGCUGGGACCAGCCUUCCACACCCUCGAAUCCCGCCAAUCUUUUCCCCACCACAGCAUCACCGCAGAGUUCAACCCCAAGCUCUGACUCACUUCCGACUCCAGCUUCGGUCGUGAUCUCCCCAGAGGCUCUCAAAGCGCAAGUACAGGACUCGUCAGCAUCAAAGCGCGAUCUCGCUUCGGCAACUCGUGCCAACACCAUUGCGAACCGCGAUCCCAACACACAGCUCGGCGAAGGCGUCGCUGCACGCAAGGCGCAUGCACAGCGAGUCUUGGCGGAGCAGCAACGCAAGCGCGAGGAGCAGCAUUCAGCAGACACGCUUGGUGCCGCACCCAUCAUUGCAGACUCUGACCAGGAUGUUGCCGUCGAUGCUGAUCCCGAGGCCACGGCAAAGGCAGCAAUCCAGCUUGCUGUCACUUCUACCGGUCUUGUCUCCGCGCUGGACUCUGCUCCUGAGGUGGCAACGGAAGAGGUCUCAUCCGCUCAGACUCAAGAAGCAGAUGCGACGAUCACCGAGGCCGAUCCUGAAGCGACCACAGUCUACACAACAAACGACACGUCGGAUGCGGUUUCUCCAGCAGUGGAAGUGACAGCUGCUGAGGCCCUGCUAGCUCCAGCUUCAGUGGAAAUGACGAUCAAUUCGCCCCCUCGCAAGAAGCAUGUCGACAAUGGCGGACUCGACACGCCACCCUCUAGCGGAAGCCGCUCGAGCUCACCUUACCACAGCUCCGACCGUGCUCAUGGCGGAAACCGUUCUCUCGACCAUCGCAUGCAUGUCGAGGCCGACGAUGAGCCGUCGAGCUCUCCUAUCUCUUCGCCUACGCGCGAUGUUUCUUCGCGCCACAGGAACGCCUUGCCAGCCAUGACAAUGUCUGAGCUCGGCAGGCUCGCGGCGGAAGAGGAGCAAGAUCCAGAAGAGCCGCAAUCCACGAGCGAUAGCGCCGCCUCUGCGCUUGCAGCUACCGUCAUCGGUUCGGCUGACGAUGAAGCAAACAUCCCAAUGCCAGCGGAGCAAGAGAUCGUAGCUCCUCCCGAGGAGUCAGCUGCCACCACCGCCAACACUGAGACCGCUACUGUCGCUGCUGUACCAAAGCCAACUCUCGAUUCUGCCAGCGACCGCGAGCUGAAGCGCAUCUACGCCUUCCUCUCCAAUCUCGUGUCGCAGCUGCUCUCGCACAAGGCAAACCUGGCCUUUCAGCGCCCCAUGGGAAUCGAAUUCGAGCAGUUCUCAGCUCGCAGCUCGAGGCCCGUCGAUCUCUUCACCAUCCGCGACAAUCUCGCUGCUCGCACGUAUGGCAGUCAGCAUCUCGAGGGUCGUAUGGCCGCCAACGCGGUCGUGACCGACUUUGAGGAUGAUCUCACCCUUCUCUACACCAACGCGAGGCGGUUCUUCGGCGUUCGUUCAACUCAGGCAGAGUGUGUCGAGCAUCUGGAGAAGUUCAGUCGGUCUUUCCUCAACGAGUGGAAACGUACGCAAGGUAGUGCUGCGCAGUCCAAGCCAGCUGCUUCGCAGAAUUCGAUGUACAUUUAUCGCAGCCCUGGUUCGAGGUCGGAGAAGCACACUGCAUCACCAUUCCCCAUGCUGCUAACUCCAGGCUCGAUGGUUGCUCACAACAGCUCUGCCAGCUCUUCAGGCAAGAAGACGGUCGGGGUCAACGGACAGCCGCUCACCAACACAAUCGGCUUGAUGCGACGACCCGAUUUCGGCUUCAAGCGCAACCCUUCUUAUGAAGCAUCCUCCACCGCUGCCAAACGACCGGCGCAACCCACUAGGACGACGAGCGAGGCUUUCGAACGUGCCAUCCGCGCAGCCACUUCGACGCCACAAUCAGAACGCGUCAAAGCCAGGCAGGAAGUGCCGGCACCUUUCGCAACACGUUCGGUCAUUGAGACGGAUUUUAUGGCGCGUCCUCCUCCCUCGCAGCAGCAGCAGCAGCAAGCCGAGGUAUCGCCGACAACGGCCACUCGUACCCCUACCACUGGUAGCAAGAGGAAGUUGAGCGAAGCCACCCUCGAUGAGAGGGAAGUGGGUGCUACUCGUUCGCCAUCUGUCUCACCACCACCGUCGCCAUCGCCCACCAAGCGCAACAGGCAACCAGUGAUGACCCUCAAAUCAUCCAAAUCGGCCAACCGUAGGAACAACAAGAAGAAGGCACGGCAAGCAGCAGCUGCCGCCGCUGCAGCGGCCGCUGCUGUUGAGCUGGCUGAGCAGAAGCGUGGCAAAAAGGCAUCGGCGCGGGAAAGAGAGGAAGAGCAGCUUGUGGUGGAGUUGAUCAACCCAGUGCAAAGACCUGCCAAGCGUACACGUGCUAGCCGAGGUGCAAGUGCCAGUGUCGAGAGUCAACAAGCAACGCCUCAAGCGAAGGGUAAGGGGAAAGGCAAAUCUUCGAAGUCGAUCGCAGGUGACGCGGAUAUGGGGCUCGAACUUGAAAUUCCUGUCACUCCUCAGACGCCGAGCGGUCGGACGUUGCGUUCGCGACGAACGAGCACGAGCAACGGUGGCGAGGGCGGUGUACCUGGACCCGUCACUCCGCCUAGAUCUGCGAGGAAGGGGAAGGGCGUAUUGGACACAGCGGAAGAUAUCAGUGCUGCGGUGAUGGAGUCGAUGGACGUGGACGGGUUUGAGGUCACGGGUUCGCGAAGAAGGUCUUCGAGGCAGAGGAAGCCUGUCAAUCUCGACUGA